AUGGCGUCCAGUCUUCGCGUAGCCGUCACCCAGGCCGAGCCCGAGUGGCUCGACCUCGCCGCCACGGUCAAGAAGACGUGCGACCUGAUCGCCACCGCCGCCGCCAACGGCGCCCGCCUCAUUGCCUUCCCCGAGUGCUGGAUCACCGGCUACCCCGGCUGGAUAUGGGCCCGCCCCGUCGACUUCGAGCUCACCACCAAGUACAUCUACAACUCCCUCUCCCUGACGUCCCCGGAGAUGGACGAGAUCAAGUCGGCAGCGAAGCGGCACUCCAUCGCCGUCGUGCUCGGCUUCUCGGAGCGGGUCCACACGCACAGCCUGUACAUCUCGCAAGCCAUCAUCUCGCCGGCGGGCGAGGUGGUCAUGACGCGGCGCAAGAUCAAGCCGACGCACGUGGAGCGCGCCGUCUUCGGCGACGGGUCGGGCGACGACCUGCGCAACGUGGCCGAGAUCGACUUCGGCGGCGCCGUCGGCAAGCUCAAGGUCGGCGCCCUGGCCUGCUGGGAGCACACGCAGCCGCUGCUCAAGUACCACACCUACAGCCAGGGCGAGGUCAUCCACAUCGCCGCCUGGCCGCCGAUUGACGCCCACCCCGGCGUCGAGCAUCCCGGCCUGUGGAGCAUGAGCGCCGAGGGCUGCCAGAACCUGAGUCAGACGUAUGCCGUCGAGGGCGGCGGAUACGUGCUGCAUUGCACGGGCGUGUGCACCGAGAAGGGGAGGGAUGUCAUGGGCACGCACAAGGGCUUGUUGUUCCACACGCCGGGCGGGGGCAGCAGCUGCGUUGUUGGCCCCGAUGGGAGGAAGUUGACGGAUCCGCUGCAUAGUGGCGACCCGGCCAAGGAGGGCAUCGUGUACGCCGAUCUGGAUUUGACCAAGGUCGUUGCGAACAGGGCUUUCCUGGAUAAUGUGGGACACUACAGCAGGCCGGAUCUGCUGUGGCUGGGCGUGGACAGGAAGCAGAAGAGCCAUGUUAUUGCGAGGGAGGACGAGGAGCCGCCGAAAAAGGCUUUGGUCACCGGCCCGAGGCGGGAGGCCAGUUGA